AUGUCAGGAAGAGGAAAGGGAGGGAAGGGUUUGGGAAAGGGAGGAGCGAAACGCCACCGAAAGGUUUUGAGGGACAACAUCCAGGGGAUCACCAAACCCGCCAUUCGUCGUCUCGCUCGGCGUGGCGGCGUCAAGCGCAUCAGCGGCCUCAUAUACGAAGAGACUCGUGGUGUUCUCAAAAUCUUCCUGGAAAAUGUCAUUCGCGACGCUGUGACCUACACAGAACAUGCUCGCCGUAAGACCGUCACUGCCAUGGAUGUCGUCUACGCCCUCAAGAGGCAGGGCAGGACUCUAUAUGGUUUCGGUG